CCCUCCCUCCCUCCCAUUCUGCAAUACAAAAUGUUGUCCAUGGCAACUCCAUCAACUACUAUCCCUUUGCAUUAUUUUGGUCAUCAUAAGUCCUCCGGCACCACCAUUUGCUUUAAGGCAGCAAACCCCAGUUUGAAGAAAAGAAGUGCACCCACCGGAAGAGUAACUGCCUCAGCAGCACUCACGGCUGAAACAUCCUCAGACACCGAGACACCAUCCACCACAGUUCCUCAGAAGUCUGAGGUGUCGGUGAAGCAAGUUGCAAAACCCAGGCUGGUUCUGAAAUUCAUAUGGAUGGAGAAGAACAUCGGGCUGGCUCUUGAUCAAGUCAUUCCUGGCCAUGGCACCGUUCCUCUCAGUCCCUAUUUCUUUUGGCCUAGGAAAGAUGCCUGGGAAGAUCUCAAGGCCACUCUAGAAAGCAGGCCCUGGAUUUCUCAGAAGAAGAUGAUUAUUCUUCUGAAUCAGGCCACUGAUAUCAUCAAUCUCUGGCAGCAAAGUGGUGGCAACCUUUCCCAGAGCUAGAUAUGCUAUCUUCUUAUUCUUUUUUUUUUCUUUUUUCUUUUUAAUUUGCAAUGAUGAAUGGCCUUGGUUAAUCAACUGAAUUUGAGA